AUGGCUUCGAACGCCCACGACGAGGCCGACGCAUGGCCUGAGUCGGACGACGAGCCCUGGAGCGAGGACGAGGACGAGGUGGACGCGCUCGACGUCAAGGCGGCCGAGAAGCGCUUGCUCAUGAUAAAAGAUUUCUGGCACGCUCUCAACAAACUGCCGAUGCUCAAGCACGCCGCCUAUCUUCACGCAUGCACGAUGGAGUUUAGGCGUCUGUGCGCUGUGCACGUGCGACAUGACGGGCCUCCGAGCGAAGCCGACAUGGCGCGUCGGAAGGAAAUCAUCGACGCCGAGAACGUUGUGGCCGACAAGCAGCGCGUGUACAUCGCCCAGGGCGGCGACGACGCUCUCGAGGCGGACGGGCAACUCGCGCUCAUCGUCGACUUGCGCCAUGACCUCGCAAAGCAAGCAAGUGCCGCCGCUGAGGAGGAGGAGGCCGAGCUCAGCAGCAGCCCCAACUCGACCGCGCACAAGGAGGUGCAGCGCGCUCGGGCCCUCCUCGACGCCAUCGCUCAAACUGCCGACGUCGUCACCGCCAGGGGCGAGCGCUACCUUGAAGCGUACGCGGUCAGCAACCUGCGGCCCGCGCUGUACCACCUCAACCAGCAGCAUCCGCUCCUCCGUCGCCCGCUCGACCGCCAGGCUCUACCCGUACCCUACCCGCUCGAGCACCACAACGACGAGGACGCACGCAACGUGCUGCGCAGCGCCUUCGAGCGACGGCACCAGCCAGGGUCGUCCUCGGCGCGCCCACGCCGCGCCCGGUACAACAGGCGCCGGCGGCAGUCAACGCUACAGCGCGUCAUAUCCACGACCGAGUCGUCAAUGGCCAAGGCGGGCUCAUCGAGCCAGGGCGGGCUGCGCCGAGGGCUCCUGUACUUCGGACGAGAUUAUUGA